CCCAGCUGGGGCACAACCCCAGCUGAUGCCCCAGAGAGGCCACACAUCUCAGGAGAGGCUUUGGGCCCUGCCCUCCCUCCCCAUGGCACAUGGGCCAGAACCUGAAGCUGAGGGAUUGCUGGACCUCAGCUUCCUGACAGAGGAGGAGCAGGAGGCCAUCGCUGAUGUUCUCAAACGAGAUGCCCGCCUGCGCCAACUGGAGGAGGGGCGGGUCAGCAAGCUCCGAGCCUCACUGGCAGACCCCGGGCAGCUGAAGAUCCUGACAGGGGACUGGUUCCAAGAAGCACGCUCCCAGCGACAUCACCAUGCCCAUUUUGGGUCUGACCUCGUCAGGGCCUCCAUCCGCAGGAAGAAGAGCUCCAGAGGGGACCAGGCUCUGGGAAGUGAUGGUGAGGCAGAGGCUGCUGGGAAAGACACCACUGAGGAAGAGCCAGAGUCCAGGGUCUCCAUAGAGAUGGCUGCUCCAGAGAGGCACAGUGAGACCCAAGGACCAGAUUUCCCCUCACCAUAUGUAGCCUCAAAGGCUUCAGGUCAUGAGGAGGAGCCCCAGGCCCAGGAAGCCUCCGGCCAAGGGGGUAUCCAGGUGGCAGAGACGGACCCAGCCCUGGAUCCUGAGCAGAGGGCGGAGCGGGAGUCCUGGCCAUCACUAGCCCAGAUUAAGGUGACCUCCGAGAUCCAGGAGAAUGGGGAAGAGGCCCCAGGGCUCGGCCCUUCCCUCGACCGCAUGCUCAGCAGCAGCUCCUCUGUGUCCAGCCUCAAUUCCUCCACGCUGAGCGGCAGCCUGGUGAGCCUGUCCGGGGAAGCGGAGGCUGGCACGGUACAGGUGCGCGGCUCCGUGCACUUCGCGCUGCGCUACGAGCCUGGCGCUGCCGAGCUGCGAGUGCAGGUGAUCCAGUGCCAGGGGCUGGCCGCCGCCCGGCGCCGCCGCUCCGAUCCCUACGUGAAAACCUACCUCCUCCCGGAUAAGCAGAACAAGCGCAAGACGUCGGUGAAGAAACGGAAUCUGAACCCGAUCUUCAACGAGACUCUGCGGCACCCGGUCCAGCAGGCUGAUCUCCCAGGCCGCAUACUGAGCCUGUCCGUGUGGCACCGCGAAAGUCUGGGUCGCAACAUCUUUCUGGGAGAGGUCGAAGUGCCCCUUGACACGUGGAACUGGGACUCUAAGGCUACCUGGCUCCCCUUGCAGCCCCGGGUUCCUCCAUCUCCCGAUGAGCUCCCCAGCCGUGGACUGCUCUCUCUGUCCCUCAAGUACAUUCCUGCCGGCUCAGAGGGAGGAGGACAGCCUCUGAGUGGAGAGCUCCACUUCUGGGUGAAGGAAGCGCAGGGCCUCGUACCACUGCGGCCGGGAUCCCUGGACACUUACAUACAAUGCUCAGUGCUACCUGAUGACAGCCGGGCCAGCCGCCAACGCACAAGGGUGGUUCGGCGAAGCCUCAGCCCUGUGUUCAACCACACCAUGGUUUAUGAUGGCUUUGGGCCUGCCGACCUAUGCCAAGCCUGCGCUGAGCUCUCCCUGUGGGACCAUGGGGCCCUGGCCAGUCGCCAGCUGGGGGGCACACGCCUCAGCCUUGGUACAGGCAGCAGCUAUGGGCUCCAAGUGCCCUGGAUGGAUUCCACCCCCGAGGAAAAGCAGCUGUGGCAGGCACUCCUGGAGCGGCCAUGUGAAUGGGUGGAUGGCCUUCUGCCCCUCAGAACUAACCUGGUCCCCAGGGCAUAGCCCUGUCAAACUCCUCUGUGGACCCCCACACAAAGUACAUCCCAUGGCUGGAGUCAAUAAAGUCUGUUUACAGAGCUACUGAGCAGUAAGGCAUUAGUAUAAAAGAGC